CGGGGCUUGGCCCAAGCCGUUGCUUUCUCUGAGGACCGCCGGGAGGGGCCAAGUGGCUGAGCCCAGCGCUGCGCACUUGGACGCUGGCUGGAGUGCGAGAGGGCGACGCCAGCCUUGCAGCGCCGAGCAAAAACCAGAACCAGCAGAGCAUCUCCUAGGACUCCUAUUCUGAGGAACCGCUCCGGAACAGGCUGCUCGGGUCCUGCUGUUUGACAGGGAACUCCAGGGCCGGCAGGAUGGGGUCAGCCUGCAUCAAAGUCACCAAGUACUUUCUCUUCCUCUUCAGCUUGCUCUUCCUGAUCCUGGGCGGCGUGAUCCUGGGCUUCGGGGUGUGGAUCCUGGCCGACAAGAGCAGUUUCAUCUUUGUCCUGCAGUCGUCCUCCAGCGUGUUCAACGUGGGGGCCUACGUCUUCAUCAGCGUGGGGGCCGUCACCAUGUUCAUGGGCCUCCUGGGCUGCGUCGGCGCCGUGAAGGAGGUCCGCUGCCUGCUGGGGCUGUACUUUGUCUUCCUCCUGCUGGUCCUCAUCGCCCAGGUGGCUGCUGGUGUCCUCUUCUAUUUCAACAUGGGCAAGGUGAAGCAGGAGAUGGGCAGCAUCGUGAUCAAGCUCAUCCGGGACUACAAGGACGGCGAGAAGGACAGGCUGCAGCAGGGCUGGGACUACGUGCAGGCUCAGGGCAAGUGCUGUGGCUGGGCCAGCCCCUACAACUGGACGGAAAACGCUGAGCUCAUGAACCGCACCACCGUCACCUACCCCUGCUCCUGCGAGAUCAAGGACGACAACAACAACAGCAGCCACCUCAUGAUGAGUAACGGCUUCUGCGAGCAUCCCAGCGGCAACAUGACCCAGAGUGGCAACAAUCCCGGCGACUGGCCUGUGUAUCAGGAUGGCUGCAUGCAGAAGGUGCAGGCGUGGCUGCAGGACAACCUGGGCAUCAUCCUGGGCGUGUGUGUGGGCAUCGCUUUCAUUGAGCUCCUGGGGAUGCUCCUGUCCAUCUGCCUGUGCCGGCACAUCCAUUCCGAAGACUACAGCAAGGUCCCCAAGUACUGAGGCAGCUGCUGUCCCCACCUCCCUGCCCGUCCCCCCACCUCAGGGCUCUCCCUGGGGGAGCUUGGCGUCUCCCUGGCUCGCUCCCCCAGGCCUGCCUUCCAACUCACUGCCAAGGCCCCUUGCCCAUGCUGUGCUCUGUGCUGGCUGGAAAUGAGGGGUCUUCUGGGGCCUGGGCCCCACUCCCUGCCUUUCCGCCUCCGGCCUUGAGCCCGGCUAUUCUGUGGCUCCUCCGCUCACUGCCCACCGGGGUUCUCCGAGCAGCUCGGAGAAAACACCCCUGCAGCAUCUCUGCACAGGUGGGCUGGGUCUCUACCUGCCUCUGGGGAUGUAUAUAUUGUAUGGGGGAGAGUGUAUUAAAAAUGGGGGGAUGUAGAUAAGGUACUCUGGGCUGUCAGGGGACUGCCCACUGCGUGGGUCAACUUUUUUUCCACUACGAUGCUUAGACCUUUGACUUUCACAUUUUCAUGAAAGGCUGUGGGAGAGGGUGGGCUUCACCUGAUGUUAGGGGCAGCACCCCUGCCCCAGGCCUGGCCCCGCCCCGCCCAGGCAGCUCAGAUCCGCCUGGGCCAUGUCCUGGGAGCAUGACUCGGAUGAGCUCAGCCCAGCAGGGCUUAGCCCGGCUCUGGGCUGCUUAGGGAAUCGGGCGAGUCCUCGGGGUGUGGCGCAGAGCUGACCCUGUGUCCUCUGGCCCCUGAGCCGUCCAGGGAAGCGGGAAGGAUGCUUUCCCUUGUCCUCUGCCUCCCGGGAAGUGGGUGUGUGAGGCUGCGCUUUGUAGGGGAGUGGGAAGGGGCUCCAUGCAUGGUCCUGUAAAGCAUACUCAAGAUAUGAAGACUGACUAUUAAAGACGAUUUGUAACAACCUA